UUCAGUUGUGCAUUGUUAUUGUGUGCCAAUUUAUGAUUCUGUAUUUUUAAAAUAUUUUCAUAUGCAUUGAACAUUUUAAGAAUUUUGUUAAUUUUCAUAAGAAUUAAUUCAGAACGGAAAGAAUGCUUAUUAAUUUAAAUGUCGUAGUUUGACUGAGCGUCGAAUUUGUAAAAUAAAGGGAAACUAAAUUUUGUUGUCAUAAAUUAAAGACGCGUGUCGGUGUGUAGUCUUAAAUUUGCUAACUAGAAUAUUGGAAUUGAAAAAUUUACUAGAUAUAGAAAGAGAUUCUUUUUGAAAUAGAUCAAAAAGGAGAGUAAACACUUAAAUUGGGACGAGAGAGUAUACACAACAUGCUAUUCUUUGAAAAAUGGUAACUUUUGUUUGAAAGUACUUCAAUUUUCAGGUGUAAACUGUUGAAGUAGAUGCAGAGAAUCAAGAAUAAAUUAUCAACAAGGUUAAUGAAUGUUUGUGUAGCAUCUCUUUGUAAAGCCAAACAAUUGGAGAAAGCUGAAGGUGUUAUAGUUGAUGGCAUAGGAAUUGGACUUCAACCAGAUGUUGUCACUUACAACACAUUGAUUGCUGCAUAUUGCCGCUUUGUUGGCAUAGAUGUUGGUUAUUCCAUAAUUCAUAGGAUGAAGAACGCUGGAAUUAACCCUGAUAUUAUCACGUAUAACUCUUUGAUUGCCGGAGCUGCCAGAUACUGCCUGUUAUCUAAAUGUCCAGACCUGUUUGAUGAAAUGUUUGAAAUGAGUAUUCUUCUUGAUAUUUGGAGUUACAACACGUUAAUGAAUUGUUUUUUUAAAUUGGGAAAGCCAGACGAAGGGUACAGGGUUUUUCAAGAUAUACUUUUGAGAGAUGUUUCUGUUCAUUCAGCAACAUUCAAUAUUUUAAUUAAUGGUUUGUGUAUGAAUGGAUAUGCUGAGAAUGCCCUAAUGUUAUUUAGGAGUUUAAAGCGUCAUGGAUUUAUUCCUCAGGUAGUAACUUACAACAUUCUUAUUCAUGGGUUGUGCGAGUCAGGACGAGGAAAAGAUGCAAGAAGGUUCCUCAACGAAUUGGUAGAAUCAGGUCAUAUCCCGAAUGCCAUCACUUGUACGACAGUGAUGAAAUGUUGCUUCAGAUAUAGACAAUUUGAAGAAGGCUUUAAAAUCUUUGCAGAGAUGAGAAGUAAAGGAUAUACGUACGAUGCCUUUGCUUACUGUACAGUCGCAAGUCUGUUACUUAAAACUGGCAGGAUAACUGAGGCCAAUGAGUACCUGGGAUAUAUUAUUACAAGUGGCUUUAGCCUUAAUAUUGUGUCUUUUAAUACCAUUUUCAAUCUAUAUUGUAAGGAAGGUCAGCUGGAUAAUGCUUAUCAAUUGUUAUACGAGGCAGAAAAAGGAGGCUUGGAAUCUGACAAGUACACCCAUGCUAUUUUGAUUGAUGGCUUGUGCAGGACUGGUAAUUUACAAGAGGCACAACAACAGUUGAACCGUAUGAGUGAGACGGGUUUUGAUUCUAACUUGGUUGCGUGGAAUUCUUUUAUCAAUGGGUUGUGUAAAGCUGGUCACUUGGAUUAUGCUACGCAGAUAUUUGAGUCAAUGGAUGUGAAAGACUCUGUUACUUACUCUACCAUAGUCCGUGGUCUUUGCAAAGCUAGGAGGUUUCGUGCAGCAUCUAAGUUGCUACUAUCGUGUAUUAGAGGUGGCAUGAAAAUUCUUAAAUCAGAUAAACGAAUUGUUAUUGAUGGUCUUCGUAGUUGUGGACUUACGCAUGAAGCAAGGAAGGUCCAAUCGAAAAUUCGACUGACUAAGCUUUUGCAUUAUUGAUAAAGAAUGGUGCUCAACUUUGCCACUGAAGUUUUAAACUUAUUUAUUGGCUAAGGUUCUGCAUUAUAACGAUUUUGUGGAAGCUGAAAAUUGUGAGGGAUAAUGCAACUGAGAAUACAACCUAUGUUAACCAGUUUUAGGUGAGUAGAAGUAUUCAAUCUUCUUGUAAGAGACAAACUCAAUACCGCACUGUCAGUUUUGAGCAGACAAUAUAAAAGCAUUUGGAGAUUCCCUUCCAGAUGCCGAUGGUUCAAGCAUGAAAUUUAUUUGCUCAGCUUACAAGGCACAGUUGCUCUGUCUCCCAGGGAAGACAUUCCAACUGGAUCUGCAUAACCUAGUAUGAGUUCAUAUUGGCAUACUGAGGUCAGUGGUAUUCUCUGAUCGUCUUUCACAAUAUGAUAAUUUAUGCACUAAAGUUGAGCUGUGGACUUUACUAUUCUAACCUUCAGACAACAUUCUUCAGCCUGCUUGUCGUAGAAGAAAUGUUGACAAUUCAGGAUUUUCGUUUAGUUUGACAUGAAUAAAGAAUGCAUCUGAAGAUCCAGAAUUGGUGUACCGUUUUGUUACUGGGGACUUUGAGAUGACCCUGAGUGGAUGCGGAAUCAGCUCAUCUUCAGCCCAAAUGUCUCUCCACUUUUUUUCAAGAGAGUGUCCUGCGAACCCAAAGCUUAGACACUGACAAUGGACUCCUUUUAGUAUGUUUCCAGAUUAGAACUUGAUUUGAUUUCUUGCUCAUGAUAUGUUCUCCCCUAACUUGGGUCCUGAAAAUCUAAUCAAUAGAAAACCUGCUCUAGAAAUUUGAAAGGCUGACAUGCAAAAGUACAGUGAGCAGAGUUAUUGAAUACAUGUGGUGUUGUGCAACGGAAUAGUCGAGAUGCAUAUAAGCUGACCAGACUUAUACGUGUUUGGAUCUUAUUAAAAGUUAAAAGAUUAAUGAGCGGUGGAUUGCAAAAGACACAGAUAGCUCAAUGAAGAAUGACAUGAGUUAUUGACCAAGCAGAGAAAAAUGGUAAAGAUGUUUUGGCAGAAUGCGGAAACAAGAGUCAUGUACACUAGUAGUUGCUCAUCGUGACAUGUCGUAAUGCCACUGUUCUAUGGCUUUUGGUAUUGAAGGUGACUGAUUGCUCUGCGCAUUAUUAUUGUACUGUGCAAUAUACAAUGGGGUGAUUGUUGUGGUGUGGUCCAUUACUUUGCCUAUUAUCUUUCCCCCUUUUCCUUGCCUUACCCUUUCCCUUCUCUUUCUCCUUUUAUUACUUUUUCUUUCUUCUUAAAUCAUUCUAUAUUCCCUUGCACCUACACCCAGUGUCUAUACAAACAACGAUAUACUAGUAUAUUUUCACAAGUGCUAUUCAGAGAGGAUGCGGAUGCGUUGGGUGUACGCAUAUUUUACCUCUAUCAUUGUGGAGUAGAGAGACCGAUUCCAAUAAGAUCCUCGGCUCAAGAAAAUUAUUUUUUCAAAAAAUGGUUUGAGAAAGUAAAAAAUGUGCCGAAAAUAUUGAAGAAAGAAAAUUACGUGUAAAGUAAAAGAAACAACAGUAGUAAUAAGAUUGAAGCUACGAUAAUGCUAGCAUACUUGUGAUUAUACUAAUAAAGGAACACAUAGAUGUGUUCUGCAUUUGUGUUUGAAGUUUCUUGUUUGUAGGUGUUGAGUGUUGUCUAUGGUUUCAGAUUUAUA